AUGUUUUCUAAUGAAAGUAUUAAUACAGAAAGAGAAAAUAACAAUUUAUUAUCCUUAAUUAAAUUGACAUUAAAUACAUUAAUUGAUCAUUCAUCAUCAACAGAAUUAUCUGUAUUUGAUGAUCGUAAUAAUGAUGUAACAAAUUUUAUUUUAACACUUGAACGUAUUUUGAAUUUUCGUCUGAAAGCUAGCUGGCUAUCGGAACGUCGAUAUUUUUGGGAUUUUAUUCGACCAGCAUGUAUUGGUUCCUCUAGAAAAAAUGUUAUUGAACGAGUUGAAGAACUAUCAAGAACAAAAUCUAUUAAAUAUAAGGGUCGAACAUGGAUUCAAUUAGCAUUAAUGGAGAAAAUACUUUCUGAACUGUUAAAACUUAUGAUAUCUGAUUUAAAUCUUGUUCGGAAAUUUUAUCAUGAUGAUUCACUAAUGGCAUCAUCACAAGCGUUUAUUUUAUGUGAUCAAUUAGCUGGUUUAAAUGCUCUUGAUUUUAGUUUCUGUUUUAAACAAGAUGGUUCAAUUCUAAAUCCUUCAGUUUUUAAUGAUUCCGACAUUGAUGUUAUUGAUUUAACACCAUUUUUAUUUUAUAAUCCAAAAAGCAUUACAAAAUUGCCCAAAGAUCAAAGCAGUGAUGAAGAAAAUGAACAAUUCAUUCUAAGAUUGGCAGCUGUUAAUGAACUUAAACCAUUGAGUUUAACUGAAUGUGAAAUGAUUCCAUUAGAUAAACAUAAACUUGAAAUUGAACAACGUAAAUAUUUUGAAGAACUUUUAAAAGAUCGUGAUCGUGAAUUAGAACAAUGGAAAAGUUGUUUCGAAAUAUUAAAAAAUGAGCGUGAAAAUGAAAUUAUGCUAAUGGAAAAUAUAAUACUUGAACUUCAACUCGAAUUACGAGCAGCUCGAAAUGAAGAAGAUAUUAAACGUAAAAAGUCUCAACAAUCAGCAAUGAUAACAACAGAAACAAAUAUUUUUAAUUUUUCUAAUGUAAAACCAAAUUCGUUAACAACAUCAAACAAUGCUCAAAAUCAAGAUAUCGAUACACAAAUGCGUCCAAUCGACUCAUCAAAUUUAAUGAUCGAAAAUGUAAAUCAAAUGAAAAAUUCCGAUGAUUUUACUUGUUCACCUGAUCAAUUUUCACGUCGUUCAAGUCAUUCAACAACAACUACAAAUACUGAUGAUGAUCAAUAUGAAGUUGUUCGUCGAUUGACAUCAAAUAAUAAUCAAAUAUCUACUGAAAUUAAAACAACCUCAAGUCCUGAAAUGAUUUCAUCAGUAACAUCACUUUCAACUGCAUCAUCAUCAUCUUCGUCAACUGAUGAUAAUGAAUCACAAGAAAAAAUAGUAAAAAGUAUUGAAAAUUCUAAUGAAACAAUAAUUAAUGAAUCUGGUCGCUUUGAAUCUGUUGAAAUGACAUCUGAACAAGCGAAUUUAUUAGAAGAAGUCAAUAAAACUGUUUAG